GGCUGGGCUUUUUGUCAGAACUGCUCAGCUCGCUAGCUGGGAGCUGGUUCCCUCAGCAUCUUCCCUGGGAGGCAGCGAGCAGAGGCUGGGGAAGGCACCCUGAUCUUUCACCUGCCCUCUAGCCAGUAGGGAAGGCCAGGCAGGAGGUGUGGCCAAGCUCUGUCCUGCCAAUCACCUUCAUUUUUGACAGCCAGCCUUCUCCUCCCCCCCAUCACCCCCCCCUUCACCAGUGAACUCUGCUGCCAAAGUGUUCUCGGGGAGGUCCGUCAAAAGCAAUGACAUCAGUAUUUUAAACCAACUUGUUAUUCGGGGAGCAAUCAGUUGCAAUUAGGUAUUAAUUAAGUAUUAUGAAAGUUGAUUAUUUGAGUGAAUUCGGCUUUCGUCUCUCCGACUAUGCUGAAAGAACUAUAUGCACUGACGCAACCUCAGGAAAAUCCAAGAUGGCUGCCAAGCGCAAAGGCGGCCUGAAGCUAAAUGCGAUCUGUGCCAAGCUCAGCCGCCAGGUGGUCUUUGAUCAUGGGGGAUCUGAACAGGUGCGGUUGGACAAGGUUCCCCAGAGGGAAAGCGGCACCAAGGAACCGCCUCAGCCUGAGACCAAGAAGUUGGGGGCCGAGUUUUCUGAUGGACUUAACCGCAUCCAAAAGAUAGAGGAGGACAAGCGGAGGGAGGUGAUUGAGAAGUGGGUAAAUGGGGAGUACAAUGAUGAGACCCUGCUGGGCCGAGCAGAGGGCAAGGAACGUAAGGCCAAUGACAGUGUGGAAGUGCCCCCCGAAGGGGUUUACAUGGUACAGCCCAAGGGCUGCAGUGAUGAGGAAGAUAAUGGGAAUGAGGCGGAUGGCAGCUUCCUGGACGACAGGGAUUCGGAUGGGCCUGCGUCCAAAGAUGAAACUUACCGACCCUCCAGUGGACCUACCGGCUCCAAGCUGGCUGGAGGAGCUGCCUCAGGGGAAGCUUCGUCCCUGCGGGAUUACGCCGCCACCACCAUGAACGAGUUCCUGGGCAUGUUUGGCUACAAUGACCAGAACAUGCGGGACGAGCUGACUCGCAAGAUCAGCUUUGACAAGCUGAAUGCUGCUACCUCAGAGGCCUCUGCCGCUGCCGCCUCCCUCCCAGGCGAGGACGCCAUGAGCAAGCGAGCCCGCUUCUCCAAAUAUGAGGAGUAUAUCCGCAAGCUCAAGGCCGGUGAGCAGCUCUCCUGGCCCAUCCACCCGGCCAAGUCUGAUGAGCUGAGCUCCAAGCUGGGUAAGGAGGCUUCAUCAGUGCUGACACAACCUAUCCGAGCACUGCCAGGGCCAGAUGCUACCCUGCUAACAGAGACCAAAGCCACCAUCCUGCCCUUGCCCUCUCCCAGCAGCUCCCAGAUGCAGGGUCUGAUGUCACGGGCCUCCAAGUACGACUUCUUCAUUCAGAAGCUGAAGACAGGUGAGAGCCUCAGGCCACAGAAUGGCAACACCUACAAGAAGGCCUCCAAGUAUGACCUGGAGAAUGUCAAGUACUUGCACCUCUUUAAGCCUGGUGAGGGCAGUCCAGACAUGGGAGGAGCCAUUGCCUUCAAGACAGGCAAGGUGGGCCGGCCAUCCAAGUACGAUGUAAGGAACAUCCAGAAACUCACUCCAGUCAAGGUUCCAACACCUAGCCUGGCUCCCAACCCUCUCGCCAGCACCCCCAGCAGCACUCCAGUGGCUGGCCCUGAGCAGCCCGUCUCCUUGCCAUUCAACACCCCUGAGUACCUGAAGUCGACCUUCUCCAAGACGGACUCCAUCACGACUGGGACGGUCUCUACAGUCAAGAACGGAUUACCCACUGACAAACCAGCUGUCACCGAAGAUGUAAAUAUUUACCAGAAAUAUAUUGCCAGGUUCUCUGGGAGUCAGCACUGCGGACACAUACACUGUGCGUACCAGUACCGGGAACAUUACCACUGCCUCGAUCCGGAGUGCAACUAUCAGAGAUUCACUAGUAAACAGGAUGUGAUUCGGCAUUACAACAUGCACAAGAAACGUGAUAAUUCCCUCCAGCACGGCUUUAUGCGCUUCAGCCCCUUGGAUGACUGCAGCGUGUACUACCAUGGCUGUCACCUGAAUGGGAAAAGCACACACUACCACUGCAUGCAGGUGGGCUGUAACAAGGUCUAUACCAGCACCUCUGAUGUGAUGACCCAUGAAAACUUCCACAAGAAGAACACGCAGCUCAUCAACGAUGGGUUCCAGCGGUUCCGAGCCACAGAAGACUGUGGCACUGUGGACUGUCAGUUCUAUGGGCAGAAAACCACUCACUUCCACUGCAGGCGACCCGGUUGUACAUUCACUUUCAAGAACAAGUGUGACAUCGAGAAGCACAAGAGCUACCACAUCAAGGAUGACGCCUACGCCAAGGAUGGCUUCAAGAAGUUUUACAAGUAUGAGGAGUGCAAGUAUGAGGGCUGCGUCUACAGCAAAGCCACCAACCACUUCCACUGUAUCCGGGCAGGCUGUGGCUUCACCUUUACCUCCACCAGCCAGAUGACCUCCCACAAGCGCAAGCAUGAGCGCCGGCACAUCCGCAGCUCGGGGGGCUUGGGCAUCCCCGCCUCCCUCCUGGGAGCAAAGGAUAAUGAGCAGGAGGAGUCCAGCAACGAUGACCUCAUUGACUUCUCCGCCAUGAGCUCUAAGAACUCCAGCCUGAGUGCCUCCCCUACCAGUCAGCAGUCUUCCGUCUCCCUGAUCGUCCCAACUGCACCUUCUUCCGCUGCUGAGCUUGCCUCUUCUCAGGCCAGCAAGCCCACCAACAGCAUGCCACCGGCCACCAAGAUCUCUGGCCUGCUCUCCCAGGCCCUCCCCAGCAAUAUACCUUUGGCCCUGGCGCUCUCCAACUCAGCACUUCCCGGAACAGCGGGCUCCUACUUCCCCAUCAUCCCCAGCCGGGUCUCCACGCCACAUCCCACCAGCUCAGCCAAUCUAAUGACAGCUGGUUCCUCCAGCACCAACCCAACAUCCUCUACUGCUGCCAAUUCCCCCUCCCAAGCCGUCUCAGGGUCCAGUGAGCUGACAGCCACCUCUUCUCCUGGUCCAGCAGCAUCCAUUAUGGAGAGGAUCUCCGCCAGCAAAGGACUGAUCUCCCCCAUGAUGGCCAGGCUGGCAGCAGCAGCCCUCAAGCCAUCCAUGGCGCUCGAAGCAGGCAAUGGGCAACUAAUCGCUCCUGGCCGGUUCAAUCCAGCUCAAGCAAAGCAGGAACCCGUGGAGAGUGCGGUGUCCUCAUCCACAGCGAGCCAGGAGUCCUUGCAAGAACACAGCCUGGACCUGAGCGUGAAAGAUCAUGGUAAUGAAUCAAAUGGCCACACAGUCUCAGCAAAUUCAUCUCUUUUAUCCUCGCUUAUGAAUAAGAUGAGCCAGUCCAAUGCCAGCCUUGGUAGCCUGCCAGUCUUGAGAACAGAAGGAGAUGGCAACCAGGCAGGAGCUGGUGAGCCAACGCAAUACCUGGGCAAAGCAGUGAAGGCGCUUGUUCAGGAGAAACUCUCUGAACCCUGGAAGAUGUACCUGCGCAGGUUUGGUACCAAGGAUUUCUGUGAUGCCCACUGUGACUUCCUCCAUAAAGUGCAUUUUCACUGUGUGGUGGAGGAAUGUGGUGCUCUCUUCAGCACUCUGGAUGGGGCCAUCAAACAUGCCAAUUUUCACUUCCGAACAGAGGGUGGAGCUGUGAAAGGAAACCCUGAGUCUCCCUUCCCAAGUGCUGCUGAGACCAAGACUUCCCUGGCCCCAUCAUCACCAUCCACUACUUCCAUCACCAUGGCAAGUGCUCCCACCCUGGAUGUGCCCACUCCGAGCCCAGCGACUGUGCCCUCUGCCCCUACGCUGCUAGCUUGGAAGCAGCUGGCUUCCACCAUACCCCAGAUGCCUCAGAUCCCAACACUGGUGCCUAACCUGGCAACAUCACCCUUGGCAACAACUUCUUUGGAGAACGCCAAGCCUCAGGUCAAACCCGGAUUCCUCCAGUUCCAGGAGAAUGACCCCUGUCUGGCGACGGACUGCAAGUACGCCAACAAGUUCCACUUCCAUUGUCUCUUUGGGAACUGCAAGUAUGUGUGUAAAACCUCUGGCAAAGCAGAGUCCCACUGCCUGGACCACAUCAACCCCAACAACAACCUGGUGAAUGUGCGAGACCAGUUUGCUUAUUACUCGCUGCAGUGUCUCUGUCCAAACCAGCACUGUGAAUUCAGGAUGCGAGGACAUUACCACUGUCUUCGGCCUGGCUGCUAUUUCGUGACCAACAUCACCACCAAACUGCCCUGGCAUGUGAAGAAACAUGAGAAGGCAGAGCGAAGAGCAGCUAAUGGUUUCAAGUACUUCACCAAACGGGAAGAAUGCGGCCGGCUAGGUUGCAAAUAUAACCAGGUGAACAGCCAUUUCCACUGCAUUCGAGAGGGCUGCCAGUUUUCCUUCCUGCUCAAGCACCAAAUGACAUCCCAUGCCAGGAAGCACAUGAGAAGGAUGCUGGGGAAGAAUUUUGACCGAGUUCCCACGCAGGUUAUUGGCCACACUUCAAGAAAUGAAAAUCUCCCCCAUGUUGGCAGCAUGGCACCCAGCCCAGCUUCAUCAGGAACCCCAGCUUCCUUUCAGGGACCCCAAAGCAUGAUGGACACAGAAACAGAUGAAUACAUGGAUUACACUGGCUGUAGCCCCGGGGGAAUCUCCUCUGAAUCUUCCAAUAUGGACCGCAGCUGCUCCAGCACUCCAGUGGGCAACGAAAGCACAUCAGCAGGCUGCCUGGUUCCUCCUCCUCCUCCUCCUGCUGCUGCUGCCGAUGACGCUACCCACAAUGCACCACAACCUCCACCGCCACCUCUGCCUCCAUCUUUCUCACAAGCCUUGCUCAGGUCUCCCCUUCCCUCCCUCCCCUACCUUUUCUCUCCAUCUUGUCUCUCAUACUCUCUGCUCAGUGCCACUCUCGGAUCCAGCAGGGGCAUUGUCAUGCCUACCACCAGCUCGCCUGGUUUCUCGCCCAUCAUUGCCACUCCACCUCCAGUAAAAAGUGAUGUUCCCCUAGUUCAGGAUGCAGCAGGAAAUACCAUCACCAUGCCAACUGCCUCGGGGGCCAAAAAGCGCUUCUGGAUCAUCGAGGACAUGUCUCCAUUUGGCAAGCGCCGCAAGACAGCCUCCUCCCGCAAGAUGCUGGAUGAGGGAAUGAUGCUGGAGGGUUUUCGGCGCUACGAUCUCUACGAGGACUGCAAGGAUUCCAAUUGCCAGUUCGCCCUCAAGGUCACCCACUAUCACUGCACCCGGGAGAACUGUGGCUACAAGUUCUGCGGCCGCACCCACAUGUACAAGCACGCCCAGCACCACGACCGUGUCGACAACCUGGUGUUAGAUGACUUCAAGCGCUUUAAGUCCUCCCUGAGCUGCAACUUCCCCGACUGCCAGUUCUCUGGCAACAGCACGCACUUCCACUGCUUGCGCUGUGGCUUCCGCUGCACCGACAGCACCAAGGUGACCGCCCACCGCAAGCACCAUGGCAAGCAGGACCUCAUCAGUGCGGCCGGCUUCUGCCAGUUCAGCUCCAGUGUGGACUGCGAGGUGUCCGACUGCAAGUACAAACUCAAGUGCUCCCACUUCCACUGCACCUAUCCCGGCUGCAAACACACUGUGGUGGGCAUGUCACAGAUGGACUCGCACAAGCGCAAACAUGAGAAACAGGAGCGGGGGGAGCUGCCAGCCAUCUCUCCUGGCCCCGAGGCCCUCCCUCACUCCACCCUGGAGUAUGACGUCCAGAACUCUUCCGUCAACCUGGACAGCUCCCUCAACCUCAGCACUGAUGCCAACAGCUCCCUCUUCUUCCUGCAGAAUGCAGCUGGCGUGGGCCUCAACGACUCUCUGGACCUCAGCAAGAAGCUACCUGAGGCUGCUGCCGCCCCAUCACCUAGCAGAGCAGGGACAAGUCCUCAGGAGAGCAGAGAGAUGGUAUCCAACUCCGGCGAUGUGGAGGACGAAGAUGACUCAUCCCAAGAUGAGGACGAAGAGGAGGAGGAGGAAGAGAUAAAUGAGGAAGAGGAUGAUGAGGAUGAGGAUGAUGAGGAUGAUGAUGAGGACGAAGAUGAGGAGGAAGAUCUGAACACAGACUCCUCUGAAGAGUCACUCCCAGACCCUGAGAGCCUGGCCACUAAAGAGGAUGGGGAAAUAGGGAAGGCUUCUACUUCCAUAGACCACAGUGAUGCUUCCAGGCCUCCGGGUGAGCCACAUGCCACCCCCCCUGCCCUGGACCCCACCCUUGCCCUGACCCCAUCCCACACCCUCGCACCGGCAAGUUCUCCUUAACCUUAGAGACAGCAGCAGGUUCGGUUUUGCUCUUAAAUGAAAUUACUAAGAGGACCCCUUACGAGGUGAGAACAAAGCACCGGGAUGGUAAGCGACAAAACGAACUCCACGCCAGCCACGAGGCCCCACGGGCCCAACAGGACAGAUAAGUCGCAUGGGGCCAGCACGCCAUCACUUCAUCCUGCAGAUGACAGAAGACAGGGCAGGACACAGACACACAAAACUAUUCUAGAUGGACACUAGCUCUGAGGGUGACAUCUGCUCUCUCUUGCUCCCUGCAUUGUGAGGCGUUCACCCAGUCUCGGACCCCUUAUUUUGGGGUGGGCUUCCCCCCUCUUUUAUUUCUGGAUUUUAUUUUUCCAUGUUUUUAGUUGUAUGAUACUAAUAAUAGUCUCCACUCCUCAGAAGGGGGCUGUGGGGAUGACAGAUGAUGAAUUUUAGAAUUAUAUACGUUUUUUUAAGUGUGUGAAAGGAACUGGUGGCACAAAGGCAACUAGCUAAGCCUUUACCAGUGGGGAGUGAAGGGGUCUCUUUCUUUUUUCCAGCAUUAAAUGAAUGGGAGAGACUGAGGCACCAGACAGCACGUGUGGGAAGGGGUAUUUAUUGUCUUACAAAUGAGGAAGCAUUAAUGAAUCAGCCAGGCUGGGAAUGGGACACUCCUCUGUUCUUCCAGAUCCCCUUUAUUAUUAAUAAUAAUAUUAAUUUUUUUAAAUGCUAUUUAUAUUGUAAAGCUUCCCUUUGUCUAGAGCUGUCGGAACAGCUGUAGGUCAUCUCCCUCUGUUCCUGCUGCUCUCCUGCAGUCAUGAUAGGGCAGGUCGUCACAUGGCAGUUAAAGGGUCUGUCACUCACACUGGAGGACUGGGGUUUAACCCCCACUCCCAUCCCCAGGUGCUACCCCUCUUUGUCAAGGCUCUUUCUUUUUGGUGCUUCAGAGACAGCACCCUUGUCUCAGGCAGUCUGUGAAUGGAGGCCAGAGCAGCAGGUGAGAUUAGUAUCCUUUGCCUCAGUGUUGGCAGAGCAAUGCCACCAAAGCAAUUCCUUGUGAAAUGCUACUUGCCCUUUGACGCAAGGCCAUUGAUAUUUUUUUUAAAUGAUGAGCAAGCAGAGGAUCCUCAGUGUUUUCCUCCUCAAGGUGAGGGUGGGCAAAUAGAUUCUGUACAAAGGCUAAUGAAUUUCCUGAAGAUGGGAGUGAAGCCACCACCUACACUGAUGGGGUGGGGGGCUAAGACAGACACUAGGUGGGCAGUGGGAGUGCUUGGCUCUCUCCUCAGAUGCUGGAUGGAGAGCUAUUGAUUGCUCGGAUCAUGCGCCUGAAUCUCCUUGGCUGCUGUUGUCCACUCCUGUGGAAGCUGAGAGCACUGUUCCCUGCAGUUCGGUAGCAUAUCAAGCCUACUCCACCUGGGCAAAUCACACCAAGGCCUGCAACUGCACAGCAGGUCUGGGUACAGUUCCCGCAGUCAACCUAUGGUAGCUGGACAGACCUACAGGACUCAGCUCUCCCACUGGUCUCUGUCCCCAGCCCCUCCAGUAAAGAGUUUACACACACACACACACACACACACACACACACACACACACUACAUGAGACUAUCCAGCAUUCUCAUCCACAAAACGGUUGCUGUUUGACUCCCCAAUCUCAGAUCUUGAGAUGGGGCACUGGUCUGCACACAUGCACUGGCCCCAAAAGUACUAAAGGUGUGAAUUCAGCUUGAUGCAAUGAUGUUGGUGCCUCUGUAUGUAUGCAGCCAAGCUGGACAUUUUGCUCCCUUGUGUCUAAGAUUUGGCCCUUGUUUACUUUGUUCUGUUUUAAUUAUUUUUUUUAACAACAAACCCCCUAAGCCCUGUCAUUCAUCUCUGCCCUACACAGAAAGAGGCCUCAAGCAAUUUGGGUUGUUUGUUCUUACUAUUUUCCUAAGGAGCCAGCACAGAUCUGGGUCCAAACUAUAGACAAGCUCCUCAGCUGUUUAAAUGCAGGGAGAUGCUCGGCUAAUGCUUAAAAAGAAAAGGUGUGGGGAGGAGGGGGGAGAAAAAGGAAAAAAAGUAAAAAAACAAAAAAAAAGAUUGUACAGUAUUUUUCCUUUAAAGGUUAUUAUAUAUAGAACAAAGAGAAACAAUGCCUGCCAGAGGGAUAUGGGCCUGCCUUCUGGAUAGCCCUUAGAGCCUAGAUUUGGUUACUUGUGUGCAAUUUUUUUUCUCUUUCAGGGUUUGGAGGUUUUCUUAUUAGCAUUUAUUGAUAGGGGGCAGCAGAGGGGGAGGGGCCUUAAUCCCAAGGUUUGAGGCUAAUUUCAUACUCCUAGCACUGACUGGAGCUGCACGAUUCUGAAUUUUAACUUGAAUUUUGUAGAGACAAAACAACAAAAACAAAGAAAUGGCGGUUGUGAAGAGAAGACUGUAGUUAAAUUGAAGGGAGGUUGUCGCUAGAGUUUAUUUGUGUGGCUUUUUAUUUUUCAGAUGGUUUUAUUUUGGUUUGUUACUCUCCCCCCUCCCAGCUGCUUGUUUGCUAGCACGACCCUCCACUAUUACCGUAUUCCCCCCACCCAACAUCACCAAUAUAAGGAAGCGGGUGCAGAGAAGGACUUGGGACAUGUCAUCCCAGAGGCUGGAUGGGGCAGAUUGGCUGUACUCAGAGCAUUUAGUUGCAGGUUUCAUACUGUGUUGCCCUUGUUCAGGCACUUACCUGCUAGCAUGAUGAGUGCUAUAGAAAACCUUCCAGUCCUAAUAUGGCUCCAAACUGUAAUUUGCACCAGUGACGUCAACAGGAGUGUUGCCAUUUACUGCAGUGGGUCUACUCACAAACUCAGACUGACACAGCCAUAAGUGUGUUCAGGAUCAGGGAGCCAUGGCAGGGUAAGAUAAUGGAGAUGGAGAGCACUCCCAGCAGCUAGUGGUUGCUAUUCAGGUUGAACAUGGCCAAGCCCAGUUUGAAAUUGGCUCCCUUGGCACUGCUGCUUUGCUGCUGUAAAUCAGCUAGGAGCCUGCAUCUUCAAAUGUGUCUCCCCAAGUUCCGAACUUACAGCCUCCACUGGCUGAAUCUUAUAAGCGGGCAGCUCUGUGGGGCUGAGGCAGAGGUGGGAGAACAGAAAAACCACUCCCUCCCCCACCCUCAGCAGGAGCUGUGUUUAUGACUCAUCCCUGUGCCCUCAUCCAUCUCUGACCCAUACAUCAAACCUUCUUCCCACCAAACCUCCACCCACUUUAGAGCGUUCUCAUUUUCAGGAGCUGGCAUUGGGAAGGGACAGGCGGGUACCAGACUCAACCUGCCCACCAGGAGCUGAGCCCUCCCAAAGCACUGAGAAUGUGCCCAGGUUAAUGGGGCCUCAGGUUCAGCCACACCACCUUACACACACACUGCUCAAUCUGCCUGUUUCCUUACACCAUUGCUUUUAUUUCGUCUUCUACCACUGAAAAAUCAAGAUAGGUUAAAACCAGCAAGCCUGUCCAAUUCUUUUCUGCCACAUGAAGACCCUGAUUCAGCAAAGUCUGUAAGCAGAGGUUUAAAUUGCAUUUUUUUUAAAUGAGACCUAAGCAUGGGCGUCUAGGAAAGCAUUUCCUUAAGGGAAUUGCUGAACAGGGAUGGAUUUAAGUGCGUUUCUGAACUGAGCCCAUGGUCCAGCACACAGGUCCCAAUUCAGCAAACUGUGUGUAACUUUAACCACUGGUGGGGGGCUGCUCACAUAAGGAAAUGUAGGCAUGUGUUUAAAGUAGCUUGCUGACCUUAGGAUCAGGGAGUUCAGCUGAUUUAGGGAGGGGGAGAGAUGUGACUGAAUUAUUCUGUUCAAAACAAACACACACACACAACCCCAAAAGCCCUCGAGACAAACCCUCCCAAUUCUCCUACCAUUUGCUGCUGAAGAGAGGGGAAAAAAUCAACUAGGCUGUUCUAGCCACACACUCAACUGGAUUAAUGUCUAUGUGGAAGGAAUUUUGUUAAAAAAAAAAAGUUUAAAAAUAAACUUUUUUUUCAAUGUAGCAAAAAAAAACCCCAAGAUUUAAAACAAAAGGGAGGGAGAAUUUUAGCCUUUUGUAAUAUCCAUAUUGCACACUAGGACUAUAAGCCAUUGCUAGCUCAUUUUGAAUUUUAAAUGUGUAAUUUUGUUUUGUUGUUGUUUUAUUUUUAUUUCCAUGGGGGAGGGAAGGGAAAUAAUGCUUGAACCACCAAUGCUCUUUUUAAUGUUUUAUAAAUAUGUAUGUGUAUAUAUAUAAAUAUAAAAAUAAUAUGUAUGCACAUAUAUAUAUGUGUGUGUAUAUAUAUCUAUAUGUAUAUACAUAUAUAUAGAUAUAUAGAUAGAUAUAUAUAGGUUUUGAGACAAAAAAAAAAUGCAGAAAGUGAAAAGAAAAAAAAACACCCUAAACAGGACGGUGUGCUCUGAUUUACUUGAAUCUGGUCUCUUCAGCACCUGCAUUAUUAAGAACUGAAUAUUUUUCCACUUGAAUUUAGUGCUAUUAGAAAUUUAAUAUAUGUGUUUUAUUUAUUUGAUUUUUUUUUUUUUGCAUGACUGAUGCAAGGUUUGACAUUUUCACUCAAUAAAAACUGGAAAAAAAAAUACCCAAACAAACAUA